GAAGGCGACGGACACCCGGGCGGGGGGCGCUGGCCGCGGCGCCGAAGGGGUUAACGCACCUGGCCGCCGCCCCUCCCCCUCCGCCCUCCUACGGGAAAGAAGACGCGCAGGGGCGCGGCUGCCUCAGCAAAGUCUCGUCGUCCCCGCCGCACGCCAGACCUGCGCCCCGCGCGCCCCGCGCUGCUGGCCGCGCCGCCAUGUCGCUCUGGAGGAGAACCCUCUACAAGAGCCUGGCCCUGGCCCUGGCCCUCCUGGUGGCCGUGACAGUUUUCCAGCGCAGUCUGACCCCCAACCAGUUUCUGCAGGAAUCCCUGCCAGUCACACUUGGGCCAUUGAAGGCCCAGAAGCCAAGUGGGCACCAGGUGAACCUCAACAACUUCUGGAAGAGCCCCAGUGAUGUGGUGACCCCCACCCUAGAGGCUUCCCAGGGGCCCCAGGUCUGGGACGUGACCACCACAAACUGCUCAGCCAACAUUAACCUGACCCAUCAGUCCUGGUUCCAGAGCCUGGAGCCGCACUUCCGGCAGUUUCUUACCUAUCGCCACUGCCGGUACUUCCCCAUGCUGCUGAACCACCCCGAGAAGUGUGGAGGCGAUGUCUACCUACUGGUGGUGGUGAAGUCGGUCAUUACGCAGCAUGACCGCCGUGAGGCCAUCCGCCAGACCUGGGGACGAGAGUGGGAGUCAGCGGGCAGGGGCCGGGGCGCUGUGCGUACCCUCUUCCUGUUGGGCACAGCAUCCAAGCAGGAGGAACGGGCCCACUACCAACAGCUGCUGGCCUAUGAGGACCGCCUAUAUGGCGACAUCCUGCAGUGGGACUUUCUAGACAGCUUCUUCAACCUGACCCUCAAGGAGAUCCACUUCCUCAAGUGGCUGGACAUCUACUGCCCUAAUGUCCCCUUCAUCUUCAAGGGUGAUGAUGACGUCUUCGUCAACCCCACCAAUCUGCUGGAGUUCCUGGCCGACCGGCGGCCCCAGGAAAACCUAUUCGUGGGUGAUGUCUUGCAGCACGCGCGGCCAAUCCGCAGGAAGGACAAUAAGUACUACAUCCCGGCCGUGCUCUACACAAAGCCCAGCUACCCACCCUAUGCUGGCGGUGGUGGCUUCCUCAUGGCUGGUGGCCUGGCACGGCGCCUGCACCACGCGUGUGACACCCUGGAGCUCUACCCCAUUGAUGACGUCUUCCUGGGCAUGUGUCUGGAGGUGCUGGGUGUGCAGCCCACAGGCCACGAGGGCUUCAAGACCUUUGGCAUCUCCCGGAACCGGGCCAGCCGCAUGAACAAGGAGCCCUGCUUCUUCCGCUCCAUGCUUGUGGUGCACAAGCUGCUGCCCGCAGAGCUGCUGGCCAUGUGGGGACUGGUGCAUGGCAAUCUCACCUGCUCCCGCAAGCUGCAGGUGCUCUAAUGCCAUGGAGCUACCAACCAGAGCCACAGUGCUGGACAGGGCCUCUGGUCCCCAGGGAGGUGGAGGGUUCGGCUAUCCAUGCCCCUGGGUGUGGUAGGGUGCACAGAGCUGUAGGGCAACCUCCCCAGGCAGAUAAUUCCCAUGUGUCGAGGCUUGGGAAUGGGGUGCUGCCCAGGCUGGGAACAUCUGAGGGACUGUCCUUCUGGGAGGCCCUGGUGGCCUCUGCCAGAAACCUGUGCUCAGGUACCCAGGCUGGACCUGGCCCAAGGGCUCUGCAGCUGCCUCUGGUCUUCACAGGGACCUCUCCUGUGAAAUGCCUCAGUGUCCACAGGGCCCUGGCCCAAGCAGCUCAGCCCUGUGCUGGUUCACAGGUACCUCCUGUCCCCUGGUCUUGGAGGUCCCAUAGACUCAAUGGCCCUGGGCCAGCUGGGUGAGCUGCAGCCAAUGCUCUUCUCACAGCUUCAAGUGUGACCGUGUAAGCGGCCCUUACUACCUCAGCUGAGCUCCCACCCCACUCCCCACUCUUGCUACCGGGCAGAGGAGCAGCGCUUCUGGGCCACUAGGUCCUGACCAAGGCUGGCGCCCUGGCCCAAAACUAGUCAGCUUGGUCCUGAAAGUGGAUUUUAAUCUUACUGUGAAGUUUUAUUUAUGGAGAAUUCAGUGGGAGCAGACUCCGGGCCUGAAUGGGGAGGAGUCCUCCCUCAGCCCCACCAAGCAUUCCUGCCCUACACAGCCCCUCCUCACCUGCACUCCAACUUCCCCUGUGGAGGAUGGGAGGGGCCCAUGGUGGUGGGUGCACAAGGGUGCCACCACAACUUGGGGUGGAGUCCCCUGGGAAAGGUGGAGGGAUGGUCUCUAUUUUCUCAAUAAAACGGGACCAGUUUUUCUCUGG